UCCGCUCUCCCGCGGGCUCAACCUCUCCUCCCUGCGGUAACGGGGAAGGGGGUCUGGCCUCGCCUCUCGCGAGAUCGCCUCCUUAGGCUGCCGCUUGGCUCCCGGCCGCUGAGUGGCGGCGCCUGCGCAGCCGCCAUGUUCCGUUGCUAUGCUGCGGCCCGGGAGACGGGGUGUGCUUGAGGGAGGAGGAGAGGGAGGAGGAGACGGAGGAGGAGGAAGAAAAGGAGGAGGAGAAGGAGGGGGGCGCUGAGCUCUCUUCUUGCACUCUCACACACAAACGCUGCCUAGGAUUACCCGCCCGCCCGCUCUCGCCGCGGUGCGCGCUUUUCCGCUCCGCGCGGCCCCUCCACAUUGUUCUCGCAGGACUCCUGGGUCCCCAGGGGCGGCAUUUGGAACCUCAGCUGGGGAGGGGAAGAGACUUGGCUUUGGCCGAGGGGUCCGAGGUUCGGAGACAGGACACCCCCAGCCCGGAGCUCCCUCCCCCACGGCACUUUUGGGGGGUGUGGAUUAUCUCAUCCCCGCAAGGAGGUGGGGAGCGGGCGCCGGCUGCCCGCCUCCUGCCCGCCUCCUUGGCGGCGCCGGCCCGCGGCAGCCCCGCAGUAUGAGGUGGUGCUGGCGGUUCGGGGCCGUGGCGCGGCCGCUGUGGCGGCUGUUGCUGGGGGGCCGCUGAGGGAGACCCCAGGAGCGGCCGGCGGACGCGCUUCUUCACGGCGCGCCGGGCCUCGAGGUGUUUUCUCUCCAGCCGGGAGGACUCGGCUGUGAUAAGAAGGAGGCUGUGAUCCCGCUCUUGGAGAUCCAGAAGACCGUGGCACCACCCAUUGAAACCCAGAAAGCCCUGCUUCCUGUGUGCCUUCCAAUGAUUCUGCUGAUCACUGAGCUGCUCCAGGGAUGGUCCUUUUCUUUUCUUGGAGGACAACAAGAGACCUUGUGUGAACAGUAAUGACCUCACGUUUCCGAUUGCCUGCUGGCAGAACCUACAAUGUAAGAGCAUCUGAGUUGGCGAGAGACAGACUGCAUACAGAGGUGGUGUGCAACAUCCUUCUUCUGGAUAACACUGUGCAAGCUUUCAAAGUUCAUAAACAUGAUCAGGGGCAAGUUCUGUUGGAUGUAGUCUUCAAGCAUCUGGAUUUGACGGAGCAAGACUAUUUUGGUUUACAGUUGGCUGAUGAUUCCUCAGACAACCCAAGGUGGCUGGAUCCAAACAAACCAAUAAGGAAGCAGCUAAAGAAACUGCUUUUAUUAAUUCUAGGAGGAUCUCCUUACAGUUUGAACUUUAGAGUCAAAUUUUUUGUAAGUGACCCCAACAAAUUACAAGAAGAAUAUACAAGGUACCAGUACUUUUUGCAAAUUAAACAAGACAUUCUUACUGGAAGAUUGCCCUGUCCUUGUAAUACUGCUGCCCUUUUGGCUUCAUUUGCUGUUCAGUCUGAAUUUGGCGAUUACAAUCAGUCAGAGAAUUUGCCAGGCUACCUCUCAGAUUAUUCUUUCAUUCCUAAUCAACCUCAAGAUUUUGAAAAAGAAAUUGCAAAAUUCCAUCAGCAACAUACAGGCUUGUCUCCUGCAGAAGCAGAAUUUAAUUAUCUGAACACAGCGCGUACUUUAGAACUCUAUGGUGUUGAAUUCCACUAUGCAAGGGAUCAGAGUAACAAUGAAAUUAUGAUUGGAGUGAUGUCAGGAGGAAUUCUGAUUUAUAAGAACAGGGUACGAAUGAAUACCUUUCCAUGGUUGAAGAUUGUAAAAAUUUCUUUUAAGUGCAAACAGUUUUUUAUUCAACUUAGAAAAGAAUUGCAUGAAUCUAGAGAAACAUUAUUGGGAUUUAAUAUGGUGAAUUACAGAGCAUGUAAAAAUUUGUGGAAAACGUGUGUAGAACAUCACACAUUCUUCCGUUUGGACAGACCACUUCCACCUCAAAAGAAUUUUUUUGCACAUUAUUUUACUUUGGGUUCAAAAUUCCGGUACUGUGGGAGAACUGAAGUCCAGUCAGUACAGUAUGGCAAAGAAAAGGCAAAUAAAGACAGAGUAUUUGCAAGGUGGAUAGAGACCAAUUGUCAUGCCUUGGAUGGCUGUUUGCAAGCUUUUAAGACCCCAGGCACUAUGCGUCUAACUAGGAGAUCCCCAAGUAAGCCCUUGGCACGGAAAUUAAUGGAUUGGGAAGUAGUGAGCAGAAACUCAUUAUCUGAUGACAGGUUAGAAACACAGAGCCUUCCUUCACGGUCUCCACCUGGAACCCCUAAUCAUCGAAAUUCUGCGUUCACACAAGAGGGAGCCCGGUUACGACCCUCUUCGGUUGGACAUUUGGUAGACCAUGCGGUUCACACUUCCCCAAGCGAUGUAUCUGUGAAUCACAGAUCCCCGUCGUCAACACAGGCUAACAGCAUCGUUCUGGAAUCAUCACCAUCACAAGAGACUCCUGGAGAUGAGCAGCCUCCAGCUUUACCACCCAAACAAUCUAAGAAAAACAGUUGGAGCCAAAUUCAUUAUUCACACUCUCAACAAGAUCUGGAAAAUCAUAGUGAUGAAACAUUUGAUGUCCCAUCUUCUCCAGAAAAAUCGACUCCUAAUGGUGGUAUUCCACAUGAUAAUCUUGUUCUAAUCAGAAUGAAACCUGACGAAAAUGGAAGAUUUGGAUUCAAUGUGAAGGGAGGAUAUGAUCAGAAGAUGCCUGUGAUUGUGUCCCGAGUAGCACCAGGAACACCUGCUGACCUCUGCGUCCCUCGAUUGAAUGAAGGGGACCAAGUUGUACUGAUCAAUGGCCGGGACAUUGCAGAACAUACCCAUGAUCAGGUUGUCAUGUUUAUUAAAGCCAGCUGUGAGAGACAUUCUGGGGAACUCGUGCUCCUCGUUCGUCCUAAUGCUGUAUAUGAUGUAGUGGAAGAAAAGCUAGAAAAUGAGCCAGACUUCCAGUACAUUCCUGAGAAAGCCCCAGUAGAUAGUGUCCAUCAGGAUGACCAUUCCCUGCGGGAGUCAAUGAUCCAGCUAGCUGACGGGCUCAUCACUGGAACAGUCCUGACACAAUUUGAUCAACUGUAUCGGAAAAAGCCUGGAAUGACAAUGUCUUGUGCAAAAUUACCUCAGAACAUUUCCAAAAAUAGAUACAGAGAUAUUUCGCCUUAUGAUGCUACACGGGUCAUUUUAAAGGGUAAUGAAGACUAUAUCAAUGCAAAUUAUAUAAAUAUGGAAAUUCCCUCUUCCAGUAUUAUAAAUCAGUACAUUGCUUGUCAAGGGCCAUUACCACACACUUGUACAGAUUUUUGGCAGAUGACUUGGGAACAAGGCUCCUCCAUGGUUGUAAUGUUGACCACACAAGUUGAACGUGGCAGAGUUAAGUGUCACCAGUAUUGGCCAGAACCCACAGGAAGUUCAUCCUAUGGGUGCUACCAAGUCACCUGCCACUCAGAAGAAGGAAACACUGCCUAUGUCUUCAGGAAAAUGACACUAUUUAACCAGGAGAAAAAUGAGAGUCGUCAACUCACUCAGAUCCAGUACAUAGCCUGGCCUGACCAUGGAGUCCCUGAUGAUUCAAGUGACUUUCUGAAUUUUGUUUGUCAUGUACGAAAUAAAAGAGCCGGCAAGGAAGAGCCUAUUGUUGUUCAUUGCAGUGCUGGGAUUGGAAGAACCGGGGUUCUUAUUACUAUGGAAACAGCCAUGUGUCUCAUUGAAUGCAAUCAGCCAGUUUAUCCUCUAGAUAUUGUAAGAACAAUGAGAGAUCAACGAGCCAUGAUGAUCCAAACACCUAGUCAAUACAGAUUUGUAUGUGAAGCUAUUUUGAAAGUCUAUGAAGAAGGGUUUGUUAAACCCUUAACAUCAUCAUCAAAUAAAUGAGAAAGCAAAAGGACUGGAACCCAUGUUGGAAAGCUGCUUUCCAUUACAGUCACUGUGCCAUAAUACUGCUUGCAGGAAAUGGCGUCUGAACAAAAAAUGAAGAACUAACAAAAACUUGGAAACUUCAGCACUGUUGCACUUUACAUUUAAAAAAGUCACUCUCUCAAACUCAAUAACUCAUGUAUUUGAAGACUAUUUCAUGCUUUGCUCCGAACAAAUACAGAGUAACUGAGUAUGUUCAGGGUAAUUUAUGAAAUUUUGUGUUGGUGCCAUGCAGACCCCUCCUGGUAGAAUUGCCACAGACAGGGUUCAGAGUUCUCAUCAUCUCUGUUACACACCUGUGUCUUGAAAGCAGAAAGAAGUAAACAUCAAGAGUCGGCCAUGGUGUUUUCCUGUGAUUCAUGUACUUAACUAUAUACUAAUUUUCAGAUUUUAUUUUUAAAAUGUUAGCAAUAUCCUUCUCAAUAUUAGCCAAUUUACUGCCUGUGGAUGCAGCACAUUUUUCCCUGUACUCCCCCUGUAGAGACCUGCUGUUCAUAAGAAGAAAGGUGGAAUUUACUGUUCCCAGGAAGUGCUGCAUAUUGUCCAUUUACCAGCAUCUUGUAGAAGUAUAAACAUGAACUAAUGAAUCUACGCAUUUUCUCGGAUUUAAUAAUGUAACUUAUAUUUCUCAUAAGGCUGGCUUAUUCCAAAUCAUGUGAUUUCACAUACUCCAUGUAAAGGAAUGCAUGCAUUGUGUCUUAACCCCUAAAGUGCCUUGAGAUGUCCUUGUACGUCUAAUGAAAAGGCACUCAUUUGACCCCACUAGGAGGUAUGUAUGUAUAUUGUACAUUCUUACAUUUUUAUGAAUUUUGAAGACGUUCACAUCAUAAAAACAGCCUCUUGUAUUGAUAGUUACACAGUUAAAGAAGGGUAAGGAAAUUCUCUUGCUUUCAUUCUGAACUCAAUGCUUGUACUUUGCCAUAAAAAGCGAAAGAUAACUUGUGUUCUUUUGAGUGAACGCUCUGCUGCUAUGGAAUCUUUCAAAAUGUGCUCAUUCCUUUACUGGGGGACAGGGGUUAAGUUUAGCAGUUCCACAUAAAAAGAUGCUGUAUUCUUCAGAUUUCAUAUUUCUUUUGUCACUGCUUUUAGAUGUGGUAUCUAACAUGCACAUAAAAGUUAAACAUAUUGAUCCUCUAAGGUAAAGUUACAACAGUUGAUCAUGAUUUAUUCCUAUUGCUAACCAAAACAAAAAAUUUGUUUUUUUUUUUAGCCAAAUGAUUACUUUUCAGAGUUCGUUUCAGUUCAUAUCAAGCUUUGUUCACACUGGUUGGGAUGCUUCAAAUGAGGAAUGAAACGUUUUGACUUGUUUCUACCUGUAAUCACUCAGUAACCGUAAUGAGGGUUUCUUGUCAUUUUUGUGUACAGUUAAAUUGCUCCAGUUUAUACAUACUUAUUUAAAUUAUAAGCAUGUUAAUAAGGAGAGUUCUGGUUGUCCAGCCUGGUGGAAGAUCUGAUUUCCCUGUAAGGAUGUAUAUAUUUUCCUCUUCAGGUUUCUGUUUUAUUUUUAAGAGCCAGUUCAAUGAGUGAAAAGUUGCUCACCUGCUCAAACAUUACUUUACACAAUUAUUUUAUAUGGAUUGUCGUCAAAAUAGAUUUAAAUAUCAAUGGUUUUUUUAAUAUUUCUCUAUAGUCUUGAUAAAAUUUAGAGUCAAAUGAUAGCUAUUUUGGAAUGCCAUUUAGUAUGAGAAAAAAACGUAUGUUUAAGAAACUUCAGUAUAGUCUAAAUGAUAGUAUUUCCAAGUGUUGAAAAAUCAUAAUAAUAAUUUUUAGAAGUUACGCUUCUAAACAUUAAUAACCAAGACACCAAAUAAAUUAUCAUUUUAAAAUUUGUUUAAAGAGAGAAGUAAACAUAGCCUUUAUGUCAAAGAGAAAUUCUCUUAUCUAUUUCCAGAUUUUAUAAUCAAGAGAGUGUAAGAUAGUAAAUAACCAUAAUCUUAUUUAAACAUUCCAUUCUCUACCAACAGAUAAAUUAGGUUGCUAUGUGGCACCACGAUAAGUUGAAAACUGAAAACAUAAGACCGUGCUGGGGGAGGUCUACAUAUUACAUAACUGGUUUAGCAGUCGCUUUUCACCGGAGUAUUCGUACUGUAUAGACAGAACAUGGUAACAUAGACAAAAAGAGAUAGCUGUGUAGAUGUAAACCAACAGAUGCCAUGGUUGGCAUGUUCUUUAAUUUAAGGUUUGGUCUACACUUCUGAGAGUAACUCUGGUAAUUUGUUGGCAAUGAGUACUGCUGCCUUUUUCUAAUCAUUCAUGCCUAUCUUUAAAUGACAAUGUAUUAGAAGUUUAGAAUUACAUUUGAAUUUCUCAUGUAUGAAUUUUCACCUGGGAGCCACCCUCUAUCAGUAUUUUUAUGUACAGAAAGAUCCUUUUUUAAAAGCGUGUUUAUUAGGAUCUUCCUUAAGUGUAAAAUAAAUUGUCCUUCACACCUUCUUAAAAUGAAUAUGCUAAUUAUGUUUCCCCGUUCACCCAAAAGAUAAGACUUUAUCCAGCACACCUAAGAAUUUUUUGACCUGUUUAUUAGUAAUCUAAAUAGGUUUCUAAGGAUAAUCCUAGCUUUCAGACUUUGGAUAGUUCUAGACCCCACCCAUAUCAAUGCAGUUUUGUGUGGUAAAAGCCCAGAUUUCCUGUAUCUAAGCUAGUUUCCCCCUCCUCUGGCUACCCCACACCUCCACCAUCGCUCCCCACACACACACUCAAGAAAGCAAUGCUGAUUUCUAUUCUGACAAGUGGAAAGAGAUACUGAUGAUCAGUAGACUUUUCUAAAUGCUAAGAAGUAUUUGUGUCAACCUUUGCCUCCGAUUUGGGGUGGCUUUUCCAUGUGUAUUGAGCAUCUGAUUUGUAUCAGCACUGUGUCCAUAGGAUUAGGAAUAUCUUGGAGUAGACUUUAUAUUCCCCAGGGAAAGGAAUUGGUAGUAUUUGUUAAGCCAGUGCAUCUAUUCAAAACAGAGGCAGGGUAAACAGCCUAAGAAACUAUUCCUUUUGUGUGGCCUGCUAAUGUAAGUGGGAGGAGUAAACAGGGAGGAUCCUUUUGAGUAGGAGUAAAGAGAAUAUUUAUCAUAUGAAAACUGACUUCAAAUAUGUAAAUGUUAAGCCAUUAAAACAGUUCCUUGAAGGUUUCAAAUACUACCAUACACACAUAGAAAGACUUCUGUGCAUCUGUGUGUGCAUUUCACAAUGGCUAAUGCACACAAACAGGAGCAAAGGAUUGUUUUAACUAUAGAGUUGUCUGUAAUCUGCUGGUAGGUCUGAUCCGCUCUAAUCAGGUAUUUGAGCAAAAGUCUUCUGUCUCCACCAGGAGUAAUAAAACUUGAGAGCUGAAAGGGACUUGCAAGAUUUUAUACGGCCUUUUUCCCCCUCCACCACCUUACAGGCAGAAAAACAGAGGGCCCACAAGAUUAGGUGACUUCGCAGAGCCUGGUUUUCUACAAUCUGAGUUUCCCGGUUCUCAUCAGUCGGGUGUUCUCCAUAUUCUACUAGGACUUCAGUAAAUUAUAACCUAUGUAAAUAUCAUAAAUUCUUGUGACUUUUAGUCUGUUUCAGCUCAGAGAAGCAUAAGCAGGCAGUGUUUUCACUUAAUAACUAUGGUGACCUUAGAAGAUGUCACCUAAGUUAGAAAAUAACUAGGCUUCAGAAAGUGAUCCUAACUAGGACGGUGACCCAGUUCGCUAGUCAUGCUUCCCGGAUAGAACAUAAGCUCCUGUAAAGCAUUUAGGCUCACAUACAUGCAGUAUGAAAACAUCCUGGACUGCAAAUUAGAGGACUAAUUUUUAAAAGCACUUAAAACCUAAAGCAAAGAUUUAGGACGUAUGUACAUUUAUAAUCAAUUUAUGUUCCUGUUGUGAACGUGUAAUAGAAUUAAAGCAUUACUUGUUUUAAAAUCUUAUCGAGAAGGGAGACACAAACAAGAAUUCAUAACGUGCCGUUUAAUAUUUGUAUUUUGAAUAUUUAAAUAUUCUGAUGAUAAGGUUGCCAAAGUAGUUUUGAAUUUACAAGAAUUAUUUAUACCACAAUAAUGUGGGAAAUGUUUACAGGCUCUCUAUUAUCGUAGUGGUUAUUUUGUAGUUCAGAUGAAUUUGGUUUUAAGUCACUUAUAAAUAAUAAAUACUUGAUGGUAAUUUUUUGUUGGAAUAAAUAUGUCUUAAUAAUAUGACAAGACAUGGAUAAAUUAUGCUACAGCAUGCUUUUUAUGUAAGCUGUCACAUCAGAAAAGUAACUGACUUUAUAUUAAUGUCAUUUACACUUCACAUUGGCUUCAGCCACCCAGCCUCCAUUUCUGGAACCAUUUUUUGUGGUGUUCCCUCUACGUGGAAUAGGUAUGUUAUUAAAACCCACUGGGAUUCAUUUUAUCAAAUAUCAGAGUUACUGAUCUGUUGGUAAAUGUGUAUUGAUGUCUCAGUGUGAUUACAAGUUAUAGCAAUGACUUUGUGAAAUACUUAGAAAAUUGUAUAGAUACGAAGAAAUUUACAUAAUCCAAAAACUUUUCUGAGGUAUCAUUGCUAAUAGAUAAUCUCCCCAGUUUUACAAAGAACCUAUGAAAUUAAUCACUGAAUUGUAUGUUUUGGGUUCAACUUACUUUAUAAUGUCUGCAACUAUUACCAUCCACAAUAUUUUAUUACACAUAGAGUCCAUUUAUUCUUAGUAGCAAUUACUACAAUAAGCCUUUCAAAGUUAUUAAAAGAAAAAAAAGCCCUAUGUCAGCCAGGAAUUACUUAUCAUUUUAUUUUUAUGAUCUUGGUGAAGCUGUGGUGGGUAGACACCAAAUAGUUAUUUCUGUUUCCAUAGCUAGAUGUGCUGCUAUUUAUUUAUAUGUUUUCCUACUGCAGUAUACUGUUAAUUUCUGAAGUUUUGUAGUCAUUUUUAUUUUAGUAAUCUAAAUUAAGUGGGCAUCCAGGAGUGUUAUCUCCUGGGGAGCAGUCCAUCAACAUUGGUUAGAUCUGGUUCCGUGCAUAAAUACGUAAACCAAAUUUUUGUUCGUUUGUUUAAUUUACAAAGGUGAAAAGUAUUAGCAAUAUUGCAAGUUAAAGAUUACAGUUUUAAGGGAGAGUUCAAAAGUUUAACUUCCUGACACCUUUUAAUAUUUCCAGUAUAAGAAAGAAAAUGCUUGGAAGCCUUGUUAGGCUCAAAAAAUGUGUCGGCUGAACACUGUAGAAUUUUCCUAUCUGUCGUGGUGUAAAAUGAUACAGAAACUAUUUUUCUAUGAACAAAAGUUAAAAACUGUUCACUUCUUUUACUUCAUUGUAAAGAGAAAAAUGGUAUUUGUAUGUCUUUCAUGCUGUAGAGAACAUGAAUGUAUCUUUCAAAUGUUUUUAGAAUUAUGACUUUGAUUCUAAGGAUACUCUUUGUUUAAAAAAAAAAAAAGGUCAGCAAGAGAUUGAAAAGAAGGAAGGAAAAAAUAUAUUACACUCCAUUAGACAAAAUGCAAUUUAAGAAGAAAAAGGUAAUUUUUAUCAUAAACAAGAAAAACCAUUAUUGAAGCAUAUCUCAAGUAAUAAUGUACACUGUGGGGUUUUGGGGGCUUUUUUUCUUCUUCCUUGUUUGGGCUCUAAGGUAGGAAAUUUCAAAGAAGUUUGCACUUCCUGUUUUUAAAUGGAGAAUAAUUGAAUUCUAGACUUCUCUGGAGUAUGCGUGAGGGUUAAUGUGCCACUGCACGCGUUUACAUUGGAGCAGAGUUCCCAGGCUUUGUCACUGUGGCGGCCACAAGUGAGGAUGUCAUUGUGAGAAUGUGACUUUGCUGAAGCCAGAAAGCUGUGCCAAAGAUUGACCGCGGUGAAUACGUACAGAGGCACCUGCCCUGGGAACGGUUUGGCCCUUUUGUUCUCAGUGUCCAGACAGAAGGAUGUACGCCACUCUGACUUGUAGCAGUGCCGACAUAUACUUAAAAAAAAAAAAAAAAAAAAAAAUUUUUUUUUUUAAGGGUUUAUUAAUUCAGCUGAACAACAACAGCAACAUUUUAAACCACCUUCUUUAGGCAUGCUGUUUUUGUCCAGGAUCUUCUGUAAAAGGUAGUAUUUAUUAUUUAUCACUCAUUAAACUUGAAUCAACGAGGGCUUCAUUAUUUUGACUCCACCCAACCUUCUAACUAUUUUAAAAAUCACUGGUUUCCAUUUCCAGUAGACUCUUUGUGAGGUAAAUACCCUAAACAACUUAAGGUUAUAUCAGUCUCCUUCAACCCUGGCGUUCCCAAAAUUUAGCAACUACCAUUUGUGACAACCUUCAGUAAAAUGGCACAUUGCUAAAAUAAAAUUAUUACCAGGAAGCCAUCAAGGUGGACAUAGCCCUGCUCAAACCCUUAGACCCAAAUAGAUGCCGAUUUAUGGUUCCCUAAAUCCACCACAGUCCCAGUUGAGCCCGUUUCCCAUUUUAUUAAAAGAAGUUUUUCCUUUCUAUUCCUGAAUUGCAAUGUACCAGUUAUUGACCUUCCUGGGCAAAGAAAUUUUUCCAACCCAGUUUUGGGAUUCUCUGGCACCCAUCUUUUACCAUCCUUCAGAGAGUUGACAAGAAUAUUCAUUUUUCCUGGUAUUCUAUAGCGUAGAUUAAACUUCAGUGCUAAAAUUGAUGUCUUGAAUUUAAAAUAGUAGCACUUUAUUUCAUGCUUACUACUGACUUAAUUUAUACAUUUAAAAUAAAAACUAUCCUAGGAGUUUUGUAAAUAUGGAAAAAAUUGAUUAGUACAUAGAACAUUGGAUUGGACCCAACUUGAAAUGCUUUACAAUGAUCUCUUGAUAGCGUAUUUGAUAUUUAAGAGGUAAUUUGUGGGAUCUUAGCUGUGCUACUUUUCUGUAAUUUAUUUUGUACAAUAAAGACUACCCAGUUGACUGUCUUGCUUCAGCCAAGCUUGGUUUCUGAUAAACAUUUCUGCGUUGCAUUUUUUUAUACAUUAUGUGAAUACUUAGAAAUCUGUUUUCUUUUGUACCUAAGGGUUAAGUAGAUACCACAGCACAUGUUAGCUACCGUCGAGUCUAUAUCAGCUCAUAGUGACCCCCUGCGACACAGUAGAACUGCCCUGUAGGGCUUUCUUGGCUCUUACCUUUAUGGAAGCAAAUCGACAGGUUUCUCCCAAGGAGCUGCUGGAUGGGUUCAAACUACCAACCUUUCCAUCAAUGGUCAAGCGCUUAACUGUUUGCACCACCAAAGCUCCUUCAAGUAAGUUUAAGCGUGCAAAAAUCCUGACACUGUAUAUGUACCGAAGGAUAAGAUUUAAGAGGCUAAAACAGUUUACAUUAAGCUGUUUUUAUUUUCUGCCGUUAAAAUGUAUCUGCUUAAAAAAAAAAAGUCCAAUCCAGUGUUCCUAAAGCAUCGGGACAUUUCAGUUACAAUCCAUAUUGUAAUCUUUUCAAAUAAGAAGUCCUUGUCUUUAUUUUCUACAGAUAGUUUAUUAUAUACUCAUCAAAUGAUAUUUUUAAGUAGUAACUUUACAAAUAAUUAUUUCUAUGUAGAGGGUAUUUUAAUUUGGGAUUUUUUUUCUUAUAACAGGUGCUAUAUGUAAAUAUGAAGGGAGAAAAAGUCAUUUAGUUAAAAGGCUAGUUUGUUUCCUGAUUACAGUUUUACAUUUCUGCUGUCAUUUUGUAUUUGAUGCUGCUGAACUAGUAGCGAAUGGAUUAGCCCCAGCAUUUUUUAGACUUUCUCCCCCAGUGUCACAAAAAUGUCUCCAUAUGGUUUUGUCUUCAUAAUUAGGAGGCAAAGAAGCUAAGGGUUCAUUCAAAAUGUACGAGCUUGAAUUUGGUCAACACUGGGUACUGUGAAAUCAUCACGAUGCUAUGUGUCUGUCAUUGCAGCUAAAUGUAUGCUUGAAAGGCCAUCUAUAUUUGUCUCAAUAUCAGUGAGAAAUUAAAAUUCCUAAUGCUAAUUCAUGGGGGGAAAGAUCUACAACUACUAAGCGCAAACAGAAAAAAUGCUGGUUUGCAUUAAAACUGUUUCAAUCUUAAGAACAAUUUAUGUUCUGUACAAUGCUAUUACACAAACUUUGUUGGCCAUAUUUCAUUUUGAUUGAGAAAUAGUUGUUCAGGUACAAACGUGAAAAAACUCUAGCUGUGACACUAUUGUUCAAUGGCAAAAUAAAGAUGUGCUUUUGUAAUGUAAGAUCUAGGAGUUUUGAAGAUUAUUUUAUGGGAGUUGUUUGUCUGACGUCUCUCAAAAUGGUUAUAUUCAUGAAUGGGUGACCAGUAGAGGGAACUGGGAGAAUGCUCAGUGUGAAAUUUGUUUCUGGAAUCACUGACUCCGAUAAUGGAUGUGCUGGGGGGAGAUGGGAUGUAGAAGAUUAGGGAAUGUCUCAGAGAAGUUCUUCCUUCACUAUGGCCACUGCUUGCCUCCUCUCAGCACCAGCCAUUCCAUUCUGGUUACGGUCAUCCUCAUAUAAGACCCUCUCAGUCAAAACCAAGUACCUCUCUUUCUAAACCUGAAGUCAUCUGGCUUCAUACCUUCCCCAAGGGCAGUUGGGAUACCAUUUUCUACCUAGAAGAAAAGUACUCAGAAAAAAGGUAAUAGACAAGAAGUCAAAAGUAAAGAUUUAUGAUUUUACCAUGUGUCUGUCCUUGUGUACAUGGUAAUAAAAAUUCAAACAGCAUAAGAAAGGUCCAAGAUGCAUGGUGAAAGCCCCUUCCCCAUCCCCUACCUCUAAAAAAGGGUCCCUCGAGCCAAUGACGUUAUGAGUUUUAUGUAUUUUUUCUGGGCAUGCCUGUGUGUGUAUGUAUACAUUAAUUAAUGCCAAAGGGAUUGUACAGUAUAUUUAGCAGCUUGCUUUUUCAAUUAAUGUAUCUUGGCAACAUUCCCAUAUCAGCAUAUUCAAGGCUACUUCAUUCUUGGUAAUCAUUGCCUAGUACUCCAUCAUAUGAAUCCACCAUAAUUUAAUUUCUCGAUAGACCCUUAGAUUGUCUACAGCUUGUACUUUUACAAACAAGGCUCCAAAAACAUCCUUAUGGAACUAUUUUUGUUUAUUAUUGCAAAUGUAUCCAUAGGUAAAUUUCUACCAGUAGGCUUGCCAGGUCACAGGGCACCUGCAUUUUUUAAUUUUAAUUAAUGAAUAUUUCAUUUUUUCCAAGGAGAUGGCACCAGUUUGUGUUUCCACCAAAACAUGAUAAUGCCUGUUUCUCCACGUUCUUAUGAUCACUGGUACCAAAGUUAUUUGCUUAUCUCAUAGAUGAAAUAAUAGCAUCUUGACCUGCGUUUCUUCUCUUCCGCAAGUCAGGAGGUUAAACAGUUUGUUAUACUAUUGAUCCCUUGUAUUUCUUUUGCUGUAAAUUCCGUAUUGAUAUCCUGGGUAGGUUUUUCUAUUGGGUUCAAAUUUUUACUCAUAUGAAAUGUUGGAAAUUAAAGAAAUCGCCAUAUUUGUAGGCAAAUAACACAAGCCUUCUACAUUUGCCAACUGCAGCCUCCACC